GACAUUUCGAUGCCGCACCUGCAUCUCUCACCAAAUUCAAGAGCACUCAUCGUCUAGUGAGUGACAUGACCACAACCAAAAAACAGAUUCGGUUGGUAUGUAGAAAUUAAAAGUUAGUUGGAAAUUCUUAUCAAGAAGAAGAGAAACACGAAGGGCAGGAAGCUGGACUCGGAGAUAUAUGAAUAACAUGUACAAGAGGAGAGAAUUGUCGUCGUCCUUAUCACGGAAUUCUUCGAGUGGGUUAUCAUCCAAACCGGCCACGAGAAAUGCGAGUUCUUGCUCCACCUCGUCCGUCAUGACCACGGCAACGAGCGGAUAUGGGGGUUCGACAACUUCCACGUCAAAAUUUUCUGAAUUUGGAGAAACCUUUUCGACCAUCAGUGAAAGCAAGUCUUCUCUAAAAAGCAUAAAUUUUGCGAUGGAGUCGUCCGCCGUGUUUAAUUUUGAAGAGGAAAAUUUUGAGUUUGAGACUGGUGGGAAACUUUCCGUAAACAGUAUUAAAAAUCAACCGCCUAGUUCGAACCAGAAGGAUUUCCUCUGCUAUUUUGGACCUUCGGGCAGCAUUACGGAAAAAUGCGAAAAGUGUGGAGUAUUCAUUAAGGAGAAAUUCGUCACCGUUGGAGAUUUAGUAUUUCACCCGAAAUGCUUACAGUGUGCGAAAUGUGGGACAGAGCUAAGAUCCGGAAGUCUUUAUGAGGAUGAUGGCAAUUUUUACUGCAAAAAAGAUUACUUGCAACUCUUCUCAGAAAUUUGCAGUAAAUGUAGCAAGCCUUUAGAUGAAGAGUAUGUCCACGUGGGUGACAAGUUGUACCAUUUUAAAUGCUUUACAUGCAAAGUAUGCCACCGUAAAUUGGACGGUUACAUGGAGAAGGAUGGAGAAUUCUAUUGUGAUAAAGAUUACCAGGAGCGUUUCUCACCCAGGUGUGGAAAAUGUAACAAAGCUUGUAAAGACAAGUUUUUAAGGACCACCGAUAGAAAAGUUUUUCAUCACGAUUGCUUCAAAUGCAACGCGUGCGGGCGUAAACUCAAGAAGCAUUUUAUCAGCGGGACCAAGUAUUAUUGUUCAACUGCUUGCGCGAAUAAGCGUUGAUGCAAGAAAGAAAGUGAUAAAAUUACCAGUAAAAAUACAUAUAAUAUUUAGGGAUUAUAAGGAUUAAUUAUGUAUUUCCAAGUCAGCAAUGUGCAUGUACUAAUUAACACACGAAUGAAUUUGUUUGCCCUAAAUAAAAUGCAUGUCCGUAUAUUAAUUUGCCCGAUAUGUAUGUACAUGCAUACAUACAUAAAUUAUGUAUUACUCUACACGUAAAUUUCGAGUGUCAAACCAGAAUAAAUAUUUUCUCCCUGUAUCGUAA